UAAAUUCAGCGAACGCGAACGAAGUUUUGACAGCGAACAUUGGAUUCACAUUUUGUUUCCCUCGAAAACGUAAAUAAAUGGCCACCUUUAUCAUAACGUUUUUCCUAAUCACACAAUCCUAUGUUUUUAAGAUGGAUGCCGACUUGAAAACUUGUCAGGGAAAUAUAUCUUAGCGAAACCGUCGGUGGAAAAUGAAUUCCCAAAGGCUGGAGGAGAUAGUGGCGGAGCUGAUGAAGCCAAUCAGCGACGUCCGCCGCAGUUUCGACACGGAUCUCAGCGCGUUACUGGAGGAGUACCUGACGGAGGCGGGGCAACAGGCUCUAGAAGCCGAGGCCAGUGGCAAUCAUUGCUACAACACACCUAAUUUUGCAGAGGUGGCUCUCUUGCUACAGCAGUCGGCCAGUAUCUAUGGUCGCAAAGUGGACUGUCUCUACUCUCAUGUGCUAUGUGUCAGUGAUGCGCUUCACAAUAACACUCAAGAAACUAACGUGUUGGCCGACGAGACGCACACUCCCAGCGGCGGCCGGAGGAAACGGAAGGCGUCCGUCAGCGGCGACUUCGACUACAUCGCGCUGGAGAUCUGCGGCGCCGCGCGUAGGGACGCCGGGCCCUCGCGACCCCCGCCCACACUGCCCAGGAUGUACGUGGAGCUCGAGCCCAGAGUCGUUUCCUCACACGACCAUCAGCUCACAGAUUACCUCGGGGAGCCCAUAGGACUGUUGGCGGACUUCAACGUCUCGUGGAGGCUACGGAACGGGUUGCUGGUAGAUGAGCUGGCUAGCACCGAGGGCGGCGCACCGGGACUGCGACCUGCGCCGCUGCUGGAGCUGCGUGCGGCCAUGGAAGCCGCCGCGCCUCCCUCGCCCCCGCCCGCGACCUCCUCCCCCCCUCCUGCGCCCUCCUCACCCCGGCCCGAGCAACCCUCUUCACCGCCGCCGUCCGCUCCUGACUCGUGUUCGACGCCUCUGCCCCAAAGGAAGGAGGUUAGGAGGAAGCGACGGAGCGAAGUCAAACUUGAGGAUAUUGUGGACGGACAAGUCAAACUGCUUAUCAGCAAAGAGUUGCGAGGUAAGUUGCGGCGUGUUGAGGAGUUCAGCUUGCCGGUGGACUGGGUCGCCAGGGUCGUGGAGGGCCGCGCCUCCGCCGUGAGGGAGCUUCGGCGCGGACUGCGGGGACACCGCGCCGAGACAGAAUUCCGCGGCUUCGACGUGACGAACUCUAUGGACGUUGGAGGGUUCCUCGGCUGGAGCGGGCCGGAGGCGGCGGCGGCGGCGGCGGCGCUCAGCGCGGCCGCCGCCGCCAGGCUCGACGACAGCGACGACGACGGCUUCUUCGAACAGAGCUCGCUCGGCGACUCCGACACCUCGCGCGCCGACGACACCGGCGCCACCGCGCUCUCGUCGUUGCCGGGCAGCGGCUGCGAGUGGUGGAGCUGGCGCGAGGCGGUGGUGUCGCGCAGCACGGCGGCGGCGGCGCGCGGCGCCGAUGUGAAGGAGGGUGCGCGGGCCGUGCUCGCGGCGGCCGGCGCGCUGCCCUCGCCCGCCGCCUUCGACGCGGUGCUGGCGGCCGCCGCCGAGCAGACGCACGACGUGUCCCGCCUGUUCCUGUCCGCGCUGUUCCUGGCCAACGCGGGCUCCAUCGAGAUCGUGCCGGGCGCCCCCCUGUCGCUGAACUCGUUCGGCAUCCGCGUGUUGUCUCGCGACGAGCGUCUCUACCUGUCGGUGGUGGAGGACCGUCCGCCGCCGCGGUAGUGGCCGCCCUCUCCGCGACAGACAUAUCAAUGAACCUGUAGCCUCUCAGACUCAUUAACACUGAACACUGAGCGCCAGCGGGUCUCGGCACGAGGGACGGUGACAGGACCUGGAAGAUAAAAAAUAUAUAUUUAUAAAUGUGUAUAUAUGAAAAUGUACAAAGACGAUCUUGAUAUCUGAGUCUUGCGCGAGAACACAUUCAAAAGGAAACUAUGAUGUACAGAUUCACUUCUCGAUUUGAUUUUCUUACAUUUCUAAUGGGCAGCCUGAUACUGCCUCGCGGACGCGAUCACGUCACGAGCUGACAGGGUUCAAUGAAAUCGAGAAGUAAAAUAUAAAAACUAUAGUUUCAUUUUAGAUGUACAAAAAUAAUUUAUGAUUUAGAAAAAGAUUUUCGGGCGCCUAAAUGACGAAAAAAAUAUAAGAAGAAACGAGCAUAAUCAUUAAGUUAUCGUUUAUAUGAUACAGAGGAACGACACGGUUCGAUAUACGUGAAGAAAAAUUACAAACAAAAAAGAAAAUUAAAGAUUGUCGAGUUUAUUUUGGACGAAAAAAUAUUGUUAUACAUGAAAUGAUAUUUAUUUUACAUUAAUAUAUUAAACUGGGCGGUGUUUGUGA